AAAUUAUAGAUACCUUCAAAUUGUUUACUGAUGACUUUGCUGGACAGAGUCAAACACAAGGAGGACAGUCAUCGGAAGAAUUUCUCGUUACUAGAUGUAGGUAUUCUGAUUCAAAGUUUGAUGGGUGAUUCAUUCCGUCCUAUAUACACGACUAAACCAGAAUAUGCGUAUCUAGAUGUUGACCUGUUACUUGAUGGUUUAACAACAAAGAAGGCUAAAGAAGGAAUGAUCUCUCCAAUAAAGGCAAUGGCGGAACUUGCAAUGAACCCUGCAAGUAACCAAGACGAUGUUGAUGGUAGAGCAAAUCAGAAACACAAGUCACAUUCUGACUUUGAGAAUCCAUCUCAGGAAUUGUUUAUAUGGUCUGUACUGAUGAUCAGACAAGGUAUGGCUAAACUGUUCUGGGCGGAAGGCAAGGAUGCUAUAGCUGCAGCAUUAGUAGCUAACAGCAUACUUAAAGCUAUGAGAAGUAAAACAGAUGACACAGAAGUGGUACUCAAAAUCCAGCAUGAUAUUGAUGAAUGGUCUGAGUUAGCAGUAGGUGUAUUGAGUGAAUGUUACUCAACAGAUGAGAAGAAAGCGCAGGAUUUGUUGGUACGGGAGCAGACUAACUGGGGUGAUACAACAUGUAUGCUGAUAGCCGUUAAAGCUGAAAACAAGGUCUUCAUCUCACAGACAGCAUGUCAGUCGUUACUGAACAGCAUAUGGAUGGGAAAGCUAGCGCAAGAUAAUUCAUCAUGGAAGCUGAUGUUAUGUGUACUAUGUCCACCUUUAGCAUUGCUUCUGCUAAACUUUCAAAAGAAGCAGGUUGAAAAACCUAACAACCAAUUACAAAAUCAACUUUAUAAGUUGGAUAACGAUAAAAAGGAUCAGGAUGAUAAAAAACCUUUGAGACGACAGAAAAGCAAAUUGAACAGAAGAAGAAACUCACUACGAGUAGGCGAGGAAGGUAAGGACCAAACCAAGAAUGACGAGCAAGAACAGAAAAAGAUGUUGGGUGUUCGAGAAAGAAUCUACUACUUCUUUAAUGCCCCUGUAAUCAUCUUUAUGAACAAUGUGUUGUCAUACCUUGUGUUCCUAGGACUGUUCACGUAUGUGCUCAUAUUUGAUUUCAACCCGAAUGUAACGACUGCUGAGAUCAUUCUCAUGAUUUGGGUGGUUACAAUUUUCUCAGAGGAAGUACGACAGGUUGCAACAACUGCUUCUAAUUCCCUGGCGGCCAAAUUACAAAGUUAUAUCACGGAUACAUGGAAUAUUGUGGACAUUAUAACGAUAGUGUUGUUCAUUAUUGGAAUGGUUCUAAGAUUUCUGCCGCAUUCAUCUACGUUUGAGGCAGCCAGAGUAUUUCUCGCGCUCAAUUUUGUCUCGUUUUUCCUGCGUCUGCUGCAUAUAUUCUCUGUCCAUAAGGAGUUAGGACCAAAGCUUGUCAUGAUUGGUCGAAUGGUUCAAGAUUUGAUGUAUUUUCUGGUAAUAUUGAUGGUGUUUGUUGUGUCGUACGCCAUCGCCUCACAUUCUAUCCUUUUCCCGAACUCUCCGUUAAGAUGGUACACCAUUGUAGACGUCAUACGGAAAUCUUACUGGAACAUUUAUGGUGAAUUGUUCCUCGAGGAAAUUGAAGGUUCUCCUGACUGUACAUUUGAUGCGGCGCUGUGGUUAGAUGGCACACAUCCUCGAUGUCCGACUGACACAGGAAAGAUAGUUGUACCUAUAUUAAUGGGAGUUUACAUGCUCCUAGCUAAUGUGUUACUUCUUAAUCUUCUCAUUGCCAUGUUCAGUUACACGUUUACGUUGAUCCAAGAUAAUACUGACAAACACUGGUUUUUCCAGCGUUAUUCUUUGAUUUACGAGUAUUACACUCGACCAGUGCUGUGUCCGCCACUCAUAAUUUUCUCCCAUGUUUAUCUGCUUGUAAAGUUCCUAUUUUCCUGCUGCUGCUGUCAACAAUCUACCUCUAAUAAUGAUAAUGAGGACGAUUUCCGUCGUAAGUUUAAAAACGAGCGAGAGCUUGUUCAAUGGGAAAAUGUGAUAGCAGACGCAUUUCAUCAGAAAACAGAAUUAAAAGAUUUUGAAAGUAUGGAGUACAAAGUGAAUGACACAAAUACACUUAUUAAGGAGUUAACAAGUCGUAUAGAUGAGCUACAGGAGCAGCAGUUACAGUUGUCACUGUCAGAUAAGGUAUCACAGUCACACCUAACACCUAUAACACCUGUGUUUUCGUCUGGAAAAUCACCCUAUGAUCUCUACCAUAUGAUGGAGAUGACACAUGACUCAAUUAAGUGGAUUAUGAAUUCACUUAAAGAAGGAAAGAUGGCCAGUGAUACCAGUGUCCCGCCCACUUUCAUAGAUUGGGAGGAGCAAAGAUUAGAAGGAGAAAGAAAAUCUAAGAAGAAAAAGAAGAGAAAGCUAGAAAUCAAGGCUGGUGAGGAACGAGCCAAAGUUCGUGAAAUGUUACUGCGUGGGAUAAAUUGUCACUUUAGGUCUCGAACAUCACCAUAUCCUGGGUCACUUAUUUCAAGGUUUCCUGUUCCAGAUGAUAAAGUAUCUUGGGAGACUGAGUACCUAGAAUACUCCCCAAGUGCCUACACAGCUCAGGAACUAGAAUUAAGGCCAGAGUGGGCCGACAUAGAUAUAUUUCAAAUGACUCCACAACAAAGGGAGGCUGCUAUUACCUCCUUCAAUGCAGUUGAUGGGGAGAAACAAGUGGACAGGAUGAGUUUUCUUGGUGAAUAUGUUGUACAGAAUGGUUUACCCUUGAACCCAAAAGGUCGCACAGGUCUCCAGAGUCGGGGACUUCUAGGACGAUGGGGUCCUAACCACGCUGGGGAUCCUGUUGUUACUCGAUGGAAAAAGAAUGCAGAUGGGAGCAAAGAAAUGAAGGAGGGUAAACCAGUGUUUGAGUUUGUAGCCGUGCUCCGUGCCGACAACCAGAUGUGUGCUCUUCCAGGGGCAAUUUUACCACCAGGAGCUAAGCCAGCAGACCAUUUGCAGGCUGAUUUCACUGAUAAAGCCAUGGGAUCUCUAGAAGGUUCUAGUAAUGAAAAGGUUGUAAGAAAGAAAUUGAACAAAAUUUGGAAGAAAGGAGUAAAAAUAUAUGAAGGUUAUGCAGAUGACCCUCGUAACACAGACAACGCAUGGAUUGAAACAACAGCAAUUAGUUACCAUGACGAGGAUGGGGCGGCAUUCUCUCAAUGCAACCUACGGGCUGGUGAGAGGGCGGAGCUAGUCACAUGGUUAACCGGGUCACACAAUGUGACCUUGCAUGGAUCACAUUUGUAUCUAGUAAAACUCGCUGCAGAAAGACUUGGUGCUUAUUUCUAAAUCACACUUUUAAGACUUACAAACUUAACAUAGUUAUGUCAUAGAUAGGAAAAUAAAAAAAAAACUACAUCAUUCAUAAGUGCAAAGUUGAAGGUAUUUACAGUGUUUUUGGAAUUAAUACAGAAGUAAGAAAAAUGUAAGAGGAAAGGUAGAUGAAGGCAGGGUAACAAUGUUGUAAUAUAGUCUUGUGCAGAUCUGUGAUAUGGCUAAUUAAAAUAUGCAGCUAUUUGUAAACUACUAUGUGGGAAAUAUUUUCUUGUAUGAAAUAUUUUAGCUAGUUAUUUUAUUUUACUUUUUUUAAAAAAGGAAUGUCAGUUAUUUUUUUAUAUAUUUUUUUUAAUUUAUUGGCUAGUUUUUGUUAAAAUUAUAACCAUGUUAUUUUCAUAAGAGUACUCAUCUUUUGUACUUAAUGUUUUUAACUUAUUUUGAUAUACAGAAAAAUAUAUAUUUUUUUGUUUAUUUACUAUUUAAUUUUGACAGCUUUGGAAAAUAUUUGUUAGUAUAAUUAUUCAAGUGUCCAAAAGUUUGAUUUAUUUUUUUCUUACAAAAAUUUACUUUUAUUACAAAAUAAAACAUUUUUCAGUAUAACACAGGGUACUGUAAUUCUAUGCAUCUGUUUAAUCAAGUGCAUAAGCAAAACAAGAAUUAUAUUGUACAUGUAUAUUUGUACAAGCUCAUCCAAUCAAAAUGUACUUACAAUCUUAGUUUUUCCAUACCUGUAUGUUCAAAUUAUUCACGUUUUGUUACUAUUAAUCCUAGCCUUUCAAAUUUCUACGUCAUUUAAUUAUCUGUUAGACUUGUGAAUUUUGUAAAAUAAUUAUUUCUAUGUCCCUACAUCAGUUGAUGUGUGGUGGCAUAUUCUUAUGUCCCUGCAUCAAUUGAUGAAUGGGGGCAUAUUCCAAUGUCCUUGUUUCAGUUGAUGAGUGGGGUCAUAUUCCUAUGUUUCUGCAUCAAUUGAUGAGUGGGGGCAUAUUUCUAAGUACCUGUAUCAAUUGAUGAGUGGGGAAAUUAUUCCUAUGUCUCUGUAUCAGUUGAUGAGUGGGGGCAAAUUCCUGUUUCCCUUUAUCAAUUCAUGAGUGGGAGAAUAUUCCUAUGUCCCUGCAUCAAUUAAUGAGUGGGGCAUAUUCCUAUGUCCUUGUAUCAAUUGAUGAGUGGGGGCAUUUUCCUAUGUCCCUUUAUCACUUGAUGAGCCUGGGGCAUACUAUGUUAGUCCUGAUUCUAUAUCUAUAAGCCCUGGUUGUAAAUAAACCAUGGUCAGCACAAAAUUAAAGAGCUUUCAUUUUAAACACAGCAUACUUUAUGGUUUCGUGAUGUUGACCAUUAACACUUACCUCAAAAUAACACAGACUUUGAAAUUGAAUUUUUCAAAACUCUUUGAAAUUGUUGUAUAUAUUUACAGGUUUGGCAUGUGUUUUAUGAACUCAUUUUGUUAAAUUUAAUGAAAUAAUAACCUAUGCUAUACAGCUACAUGUAUGUAAUGUCAAUGAAAAUGAUGUAAAUGUGCUGAAGAAAAAAGAAAUGAAAAACAUUUCCAAUGUAUAUAUUUAACCCUUUCACUGCCAUAGAGACGGCUUAAGCCGUCCCCGUUAUUUUCGGCGUAUUUGCCAUAUGGACGGCUUUAGCCGUUUCUAUAAUAAUAAUAGUAAUAAUAAUAAAUUAAUAAUAAUAAUAAUAAAAAUAAUAAUAAAUUUAAAGAAAAUUAUACCAUCGACAAUAAUUAUUAUUAUACUAACAAUUUUGGAAACAUAUAUACUUAUUAUAAUACUAAUAACAAAUAGUAAUAAUUAUAUUAACUAAUAAUAUAGUAAUUUCUUAGAAAAUCCUCUGGCAAAUAGGUGAACAAUAAAACAAUAACCCUCUGGCAGCGAAAGGGUUAAAGUGACAUUAUUCUCAUAUUUUUGUUAAUUUUAGCUGAAUUAGUAAUUCAGUUCAAAAUGAGUCUAUUAAUAGUGAUUGACCAAAAAUUGAUAUUGAAAAAUGUUUAUGAUAAAAUAUAAAACUACUUAAAUUAUAAAAAAGACUACCCCCAAUCUUUUUAAAAAUUCAACAAUAUCAAUAAAUUCUGAUCGAUAUUAAUAUAAAUUACCAUGGGUCACUUGGGUCAUUAUUUAUUUUACAUGGUAAAAUGUAGAUUUAACACAAUUAUGGAAAAAAGGUAAAGAUAUUUUGACUUGCCAGAACAGAAGAGAAGAGAACAACACUUUAUUAACUCUAGUUACAUGCAGCAACACAAGGGUAUAAAACGCAUUGUAUAUAUAUAUAUAUGGAACGCCAUAUCUGCCUCAUGUUGUUACAUUUCGUUUUAUUUUUCCCUAAAAGCCUCUUAUUAUGUAUAAUAGAAGUAUUGACUUGCCAACAUUUUAUGGGAACCUGUCUUAACGAAGUCUUAAUAGGUCAAAUAUUCAUUUUAUCUUGUCAAAACGUAGUGCUGACUUGUCUAAACACUGUCUUAUUAUUUCAAAACGUCAUGUUAUCAUGUGCAAGCCGGUGUUAACAUGCCUAAUGGAAGUCGUCUUAAUAUGUCUAACAUGCACGCCGUCUUUUCGAAUUAAGAUUUCAUUAUGUCUGAAGAAAGACUUAUUUAAAUGUGGUGUUGAAUUGUCUUGGUUUUGUCUUAUCGUGUGAAACAGUAGUGUUAUCUUGUCGGAAGUUGGUGUCAUCUUGUCCAAAUGUGAUCCUGGUAUGUUAUGACACUGUUGAAUUAUGUUAUACUGUCGUUUUGUCUUGUCUAAAUGUGAUAUUGACUUGUCUAUACACCGUCACAUUUUGUCAGACUGCCAUGUCAUUGUGUUCAAAUUCGGUGUUAUCUUGCUUAAAGAAUGUCUUUUAUGUCAAAAUAGCAUGCUGUCUGUCCAAUUAUGCUGGUAAUUUGUCUAUAAAUUGUCUUAUUAAAGUAUGUGAAACAGUAGUGUUAUCUUGUCGGAACUUGGCGACAACUUGUCAAACUCAUGUCUUAUUAUGUCGGCUAAUAGUGAUAUCUUGUUUAACCGUUAUAUUAACCUGGCUGAGUGUUGUCCUGUUUUGUCAAACUGUUAUGUUGCUUUGUAUGAGGUGGUUUAAUUCUGUCUUAUUGUGCCAAAACAUCAUGCUUUCUUGUCUAAAACUGUUGUUAUUCUGUCUAAAAACAUACUUAUUAAGUGAAAUACUAAAUAAAUUUAAUGUUGACUUGCCAUAAAUUUUGUGUGUUUGUGUAAACAUUAUUUUAUUAUGUCAAACAGUAUUGUUGACUUGUCGAAUAAUGGUAUUGACAUGUCUAAACACUGCCUUUUUUUCUCAGAUCACCAUGCUAUUUUAUCCAAACUUUAUUUUAAUCGGCCUAAACACCGUCUUAUUAUGUGAAAUAAUGGUGGUAUCUAUACAAGUUAUUGUUAUGAACUGUUAAAACGCUAUUUUAAUUUGUCAAACUGUCAUGCUGUUAUGUCCAAAUGCAGAUUUAACUUGUCUUUAUUCGUCUUAUUAUGUCAAAUAGUCAUAUCAUCUUGUCGAAACGUGGUGAUGGCUGGUCUAAAAUUACUUUAAUCUUUUUGUCAAAGUGUCAUUUUAUUUUGUCAAGGUUAGGUGUUAUUUUACUAAACAUCGUCCUCUUAUGGCGAAGUAUCAUUUUUCCUUUUCAAAUGUGGUGUUUACUUGUUGAAACACAGUAUCAUUAUGUAAUACAGUGGUGUCGACUUGCCAAUUUAUUACACGAACUUUUCUAAAUACCGUCUCAUUAUGUCAGAUAAUCGUGUUAUCCUGUCCAGAUGCGAUGUUGUCCAAAUUAAGUAUCACGUGACUAGAGCCCACGCGGAGCGUGAAAAGAUAGAGCGAAAAAGAUAACGGGGCAGUUUAGCAAAAUCAGACAGCGCUUUCUCAAGACCGAACUAAAGUUGAACAAAAUUACACAAAUAUUACACAUAAUAAGACUGUUUUUGUUUUUUACAAGAAAACAUCAAAUUUUGACAAUAUAUAACACUUCUGUUUUACAUUUAAAGAAAGAGUUUAGACAAGUCAUUACCACAUUUCGACAAGAUAUCGCAAUUUUUUGACUUUAUAAGACUGAGUUUUAACAAGUCAAAACCGCUUUUUGACAAAAUAGCAUACAGUUUAUCAUAAUAAGGCAUGAUUUAGCCCAGGCAACACCCUAAUUCGGCAAGAUAAUUCGAAUAUUUGAUAUAAAAAGACAAUUCAGUAGUGUACGUUGGCAAAUUAACACAGUUGUUUGACACAAUAAGACAAUGUUAAGGCAUUUAAACACCGUAUUUUGACAAAAUAACAUGGCAGUUUGAUAAAAAUAAAGCUGUGCAAUUACAAGUCAACACCGAAUUUCGACAAGAGAACACUGCUGUUUCAAAUGAUCAGACAGUCUUUUGACAAAACAGCUCCACAAUAUGACCAAAUAUCGCGACUAGUUGACAUAAUAUGACACAUUUCAGACAAGCCAAAACGACAUUUUGACAUGAUAACACUACUGUUUGAAAUAAUUAAACAAUGUUAACACAAGUCAACAUCAUAUUUUAAAGAGAUAAGACUACUGUUACGCAUAAUGAGGAAAUGUUUAGACAAGACGACAAGUAACAAUGACAUUACAACACUUCUAUUUGACAUGAUAAGAACAGAACAGAACAGAUACUUUAUUAAGAUUUGUACAUAGUACAUCAUCUAUAAUACAAUAAUAUUUACAAGCAUAACGUCAAUAUAAUGGUAAUAGCAAGUAUGACAUUUUCAAAAUUCUUAAUCUUAAUUUAUCUAGUAACAAGAAAAUGAAAUAAUAAAUAUGUAUACUACAAAUUAAAAAAGUAAAGACAUACAAACAGAAGAAUGAGCAAUAAUUAUGUUUAACGCUCAACAUUUAACAGUGUGUUAAGACGCUUUCUUGGCAAGAUAAAAAGAAAUCUAAUAACAUGAGGCAGCUAUGGCGUUCCAUAUAUAUAUAUUAAGUGGCAUGGCAACUGAACAUCUGAAAAAAGUAUGUCUACCAAUAUUUUUAUUAUUUGGACAUUAUAUUAUAAAAGGGAGUGAGCUUUACUAGUACGCUCACCAAUAUCACUUUGAUGAGCAAAAUGAUACUUUAAUUUGUCAUCCAUAUGUCAUACAGGACUAUUCUAAGCCCACUUUUACCUGUACUUAAUUUUCUAUUUUAACAUGUUUCGAAUUUCGAUGCCAUAGCUCCUAGAUUUGUACAGCUAAUAAAAGUGAACUUUUGUUUUUUGAAAUAUUGAGAAAGGAAAUUGUGUUUGUGACAGUUGUUGUAUUAUAAUUUUAAGAACGAUUCUGUGAUAUUGACAUGGAACACAAAUAAAUAAAUAAUGCAAAUAAAAUUGGCAGAAUUUUUUAAA